CUUUUUAUCAGUAUUUAUAAACCUUAAAAACCCACUUUUUCCCCUCUGUUUUUAUAAACGUUCUACACUACCAACAUAGACAGAUUUAUUUGACUGCUCUAUAUUUUCACCAUUUGUGUAUUUACAACUGUUCACUCCAUUUAACCUGUCAAACAGCUAUCUUGGUCUUUCUAUACAUUAAAUUACAAAUCCAUACCCCUGCUUGCAUUGUACAAUCUGUUCUAACAUUCAUUGCAAGACUUUUGGAUUCUCAGGUAACUCCACAGUAUUAUCUGCAUACAAUAUGUACAAAUUAAUAUCUCUAAUUUCUUUAUAAUAAUUUCUACUAGUAUAUACAUGAAACAAGCAAAAGGAUAGCAUGCCUCUUUGCCUUAGACCCUGCUCACUGGUGAAUCAUUCUCUAAGCACUACAUUUAUUCUCUUUCAUGUUUUGCUUCUAUCAUAUCUGUGAAUGAUUUAAAACACAAUUCUACAUGAAUUGGGCCUCAUUCCGCAAGAGAUAAAACCUGGUUUAUCUGAAUGAAAUGAAAAGGGGAAACAGAAUUGGCCCACUUAAUACUCUGAUGGAAGAUCACCAGGGCAUUAGUGUAAAAUGAGAAGUGAAAAAUAUCAAAAGCAUUACUACAAUGCUUUGCAUGCUUCUGCCCAUGUAGUUAUCAGGAAUUGUACUUAAUUCCCUGGUGUCCUUAAUUCUCUGGAUUUACUACAGAUAGUUAUCAAUUUAUGAGCACAAUUGGGACCAGACUUUACAUUGCUAAGCAAAAUGGUUGUUAAGUGAAUCACACCUGAUUUUAUGAUUUUUUGCCAUGGUGGUUAAGCAAAUCACUGCAGUUGUUAAGUAAAUCACAUGGUCAAUAAGCAAAUCCAAGUUCCCCCAUUGACUUUGGAUGUUGGAAACUGACUGGAAUGGUCACAAAUGUUGAUCAUGUGAUCCCUGGGACGCUGCAACCAUCUAUUUAUGGCUGCCAUAUAUACUGGCUGCCAGGUAUCCAAAUUUUGAUCAUAUGACUGGGAAUGCUGCAAUGGUCAUAAGUCUGAUGAACGGUCCUAAGUCAUUUUUUACUGGCAGGGGGGUUGUAGCUCACAAAGAAUGGUUGUAGGUCAAGGAGAUCAUCGAACUGACAUUAAAAACCAGGACAGACUGAAAAAAAUCUCAAAGUAUUCCUUGAGAUUUAGUAAUAAGUAAAUGUGCUUAUUGCUUAUUGAAAUUCAGUAGCAGGAUUGAAAUAACAGAGUGGGUUUUAUAUAUUUAUCAGAUGAAAUAACACUAAUUAUUACUAGCAUUAACUUUUAUGAUGCUAGUAAUAGGUUAUUUCAUUGUAGAACCAGGACUGAAGGGAUAUUAACCUUAAUGUAUUGUGUUAUUGAUUCUCUUUGCUUCAUAUGCUGCACAUAUUGAAAAAAAAUGUGUAAAUGGAAUUUGGAAAAUUCAAACUUUGAAGUUGUGUGUUGCUGCAAAAAAAAAACCCAUUUGUGAAGAAAUUAGCUAUGGACUUUUCUAGCAUUUGUGAAAGAAUCUGCUACUGUAUGUACUUUUUCCUUUGCUUUGGUCUGGGAUUUGUAGUCUAACAAAGAGGUCACAUAAGAUAUAGAUGUGAAGUGCUGAGUUAUACAACGGAAAAUUAAAAGAGAAUAAUUUUAAAAGUAGUUUUUCAUAUACGUACCAUACCACCUUGUCAAGAUUUAGAAAUCAGAACAGAACAGAAAGAAGAUAAAGUAGACCCCUUUAACAAGAUGGCCGGUUAGCUCAGUUGGUUAGAGCGUGGUGCUAAUAACGCCAAGGUCGCGGGUUCGAUCCCCGUACGGGCCAUGGGUGUUUCCUUUUUCAUUGAAAUUCAAAUAAUACAGUUGCGUUUUAAAAACAUCUUCAAGAAACGAGCUACUAUACUUCGAAAGCAAGUCUGUCUUGCUUUAAGUUGAGUUGAUAUUCCGGCAUCUUGUGUGCUUGCUUGUCUCUCUCUGUGUGUUCGUCUUUAACCCUCUCCCAGACUUCUUAAUAGCUUUCCGUGCAAAAGGAGGAAAUCCAAAGACGUCCGAUUUUAAGACCCCAUGAAGUGCAUAGUAACUAAAUGGUGUUUCUAUCUUUUAACUGUGCAGAACGGGUGCUGUUUUUUUUGUGGGGGGUGGGGGUUUGCUUUCGCAAAGAAGGGCAAGGAAAGCGAAACGGUCGUUUUCUUUUUCACCGCCAUCGCUUCUAAAGGCUGCUGAACUCCACUCCUUUUCCGAUCGGGAGACGCCGGACGACGCUGUCGGGACGACACCAAGACUUGGUUCCCCGGCAGAGCUCCCGCUGCAGCGCUCGACUUCCUUCUCCGCCCUUCUCGUGACGUACCGCAGCGAGCUCAGCCUACCCGCCCGGUGUUCCCCGAGUCCUGGACUCCUGAGGCGCGAGAUGGGGCCUUCCCCACCACCGCUUCGCUCCUAAGAUGUCUUCUCUGGGCUUCAGGAGUGACGCCGCCGCCGCUAUUUCUGAGGGCUCGGCACCAGGCCCUCCGGGCGAAACCCCGUUGACGCCGGUCUCCGAAUUUCCCCGCUGGAAGCCUCAUCGGGCGCCCGAGGCAGUGGCUGUUGGAGGUGUCCCUGGAAAGCUACAAGACGAGAGGCUCCCUCCACCGGUCGGAAAGGCGACACAGAAGGCCGAGGACCGUCGUACCGCCGGGCCCGUCGUAUUACCUCAUGGGCAAAGCCCCGCCUGCCCCCCUCCCCUCUUGCUGGCUCUGAGUUUCAACUCGGAGACUUCCGCCUCGCCUUCGGGGUCUCGGCUGACGACGGUCGGCACCCUGCACAGCCCGUCGCAGCCAGGGCAGGAUGGAGUUCAGGAGAUGGGAUCCGAGGCAGAGCAUCUUGCUUUGACGGGGACCCUUCUGGCCGAGAUGAAAACCACUCAUUUCCAAAUAGAGUCUGAUCAGAUAAAAGAGAAGAAAAGUUUGGAAUUAUUUUCUGCAACAGCUCUGCCUAAAAAUAUAGCUGGAUCUCAAGCAGUUGAGAAGAAUUCUAAGCCUUUAGGACUCAGUGCCAUUAAUACUGAGUUUUUUCAGAUACAUACUUUAACAGGCACAGGAUCUCAACAUUUUUUCUUAUGUAAUUCUUCUAAACCUACAGUUCAACUACUUCUUCCAGCCUCCUUACAUCCCCCUGGACAAGUACCACUAAGUAAAAUAAUUAUGCAUGGGCAGAAACAUAAAUCUAUUACAAAAGAUAGAGAAGUUUCUUCAAAUGUUUCUUUAGUUCCAUCUUGUUCAGCAAAAAUUCUUGUAAAUGAGGGGAAGCAACCAAAAGAGCAAAAAAUUAAAAAAUCUCUGAAAGUGACAACUCGUUCUGGGCGGGUUUCUCGCCCUCCAAAAUAUAAAGUUAAGGACUACAAGUUUAUUAAAACAGAAGACUUGGCUGACUGUCACCCGUCUGAUUCUGAUGACUAUUCUGAGUUGAGCUUAGAAGAUGAUGAAUGCAACAAAGUAAAGGAAGUAUGUGAAUUAUUUAAUACCUUUAACAAUGACCUGCGGCCAAAAUUGUUUAAGUGUCAGAACUGUGAAAAAUCCUACAUAGGAAAAGGAGGAUUAUCACGGCACUACAGAAUAAAUCCAGGCCAUGGGCACCAAGAGUCUUCAGAAUCUUCUUCUAUAAAUAGAUUUUCUAGUAUGACACAGCUGGAGUGCGCUGAAAAGGCAAAUUGUGAAAGCAUCCAUCAACCUUCUUCACCUUUACCAAUUACUCUUGCUUUAGUAAGCAAAAAUGGACUAGCUGCAGAAUUGGAAAAAAAUCUUCAAACAGAAAGUGAACAGCAGAUGCAUCCAGCUGAUACAAGGCAUGAUCUUCCUACCAAAGCCCUCUUACGCCAUCCUACAAGCAGCCCUCAUUUGCCGUACCUUUCUAAGCAUCUCCAUAUCUUUUCUGAAAUUUCUGCAGAAGAUAGAAAAUCUGAAGCAUACAGCACCCAUUUGGGACCUGGAAGAAGAAAGCGGCAGAGAAGGUCAUAUCAACCAAAGAUGGCUAAUAGAUCAAGAUGUUCUACAACAUUUAACAGCCUUGAUCAAUUAUCUUCCAAUUCUCUUAGUAUCUCAGCAGAGCAUCUUAGUAGAUUUAAAAGAAAAGAAAAGCUAAAAGAGCUGAUUCAGCAGUGCACCAAUGAAGAGUUUAUGGAGCUGGUAGUUCCACGUAUGACAACAGUUGUUACUGUAUUUGAAUUCCUCCUGAUGAAGGCAGAGAAAAAAUGUCAAACAAAAGCAACCUUUCCAGAUAUUUACCGGGAGUUUGAAGAGCUCCAUGCAAUGGUAAAGAAAAUGUGUCAAGAUUAUUUUAAUAAUUCUGAAUUAAAGCAACCAUUAGAAAUAAAAAACCAUAAGGUAGCUGAAUCACUAGGAAUUACAGAUUGUUGUCUUGAAGUGCCAAAAAUCCAGACAAAUUCUUUUCCUGAAUGUACUGAAUCUACUGAUCAGCCUAUAUUGCUCCAUAUUUCAGGACAGAAACGAGCAGCUGAGUUUUAGAAAUGUACAGCAAAAAUUGUUCUGCAAAAAUAAUAUUGAAAAAAAAGAAUAUGAAUUGCUCCAACCAAGAAUUGUGGAUGAUAAAGCUAAUACAAAUUUAUGUGAUCAGCACUCAAGAAAAUUGAACAUUUACAGCCUUUAAAUACACCAGGAUUACAUUAUAUGAGAUACCCAACUGACCAUAGAGGAUGUUCACAAAGAAGAACAAAGAUAAAUUCAAGUUAGGACGCAGUAAAUGAAAUUUAUUAUAUCUCUUGAAACACCUGGAAAAUACAGUCAUCAUUCUCCUUGGUUUUCUUCAUGAAAAAACAGUAAAAAUAAAAUAUAUCAAGAACUUAAGAAAAAUGCUGUUAACAAAUUCUGAACUUUCUUAAAACUUUAAUAAUUUCAGCAGUAUUAAACAUCACAGGAGUAAUUCAUCAGUUUAGAUCUCAGGAAAGUGAAAAUUCCAGCUUCAUCCUUCCUUGAAAAUAUAUGAUUAAUCAAUUUAAUAGUAUUUUAGUGGAAGAAAAGAAGAGAAUUACUAAGUACAACAUGAUAAUAUUGAAGAUUAUGGAAACUGGGAACUUUUUUGGGGGGUAUAUAGGCUUUGCUUCUUCCUGGUGCUAUACAUUAUACAUCUGUUUGUAACAGAAUUUGCUGGUGCUAUGUACAUUAUACAAAUUCUUUUGGCAGUUGCAGCACUUUUAACAGAUACUAAAAUUAAACCAUCAUAAAAAUAUUUUUGAAAGAGUUCUGAAAGUCUACCUGAAAUGUAUAUUAAACAUGAAUUUGUUUUGAUUUCCACAAGCUUGACCGUAAUUAAGAUAUAGUACAAGUUCUAAAAAUAUUCAGGUUUAAGUGUUACCUCCCCAGACUGGUAGUUUUGCUAAUCUGGUUCUAAUAAUAUUGUCUUCUCUUCAGGUGUUCAGGACAGGUUGUCUUUUUCU